GAUGGGCGGCUACGAGGGCGGCGCGGCGGGGCGCGGGGUGCCGCCGUGGGGGUGGCGGCUGUGCCUGGCCCACCGCUUCGCGGAGCGCAGGAAGCCCUACCAGGCCUCGGACGUCUCGGCCUCGCAUGCCCUGCAGCACCUGGGCCUCGUCCUCAGGUAUUUCCGGUGGUGGUACCGCAAGACACAGGUGGAAAAGAAGCAGCCCUUCAUCGAUCUCCUGAAUUCACAGCCACUGCGCCAGAUCUACGGCUGCCCCUUGGGCGGGUUUGGGGGAGGAUCCAUCACCCGGGGCUGGCGCGGAGACUUCUGCCGAUGGCAAAUGAAUCCUGGGCUCUACCACUACAAGACGGUGGUUGCUGACCAGUUCACCAUCUGCCUGCGCCGGAAGGGCCGAACCGUUUACCAGCAGGUGCUCUCGGUGGAGCGCCCCAGCACCUUGCAGGGCUGGAACUGGGGCUUCUGCGGCCACUAUGCUUUCUACCACGCGCUCUACCCACGGGCCUGGACCGUCUACCGGCUGCCUGGGCAGGACGUGGUGCUCACCUGCCGGCAAAUCGCUCCCAUCAUCCCUCACGACUACCAGGACACCAGCCUGCCAGUGGGGGUCUUUGUCUGGGAGGUGGAGAACAACAGUGGUGAGGAUAUGGAGGUCUCAAUCAUGUUCACCUUCCGGAACGGCAUAGAAACCAAGGAGGACCGGCGCGGGGGCCACUGGAACGAGCCCUUCAGCCUGGAGAAAGAUGGCCAUUGCGUCCGUGGCGUGAUGCUGCAUCACUGCCUUCCGGUGAACUCCUACACGCUGGCCAUCUCUGCCCGGGAGAAGGCAGGCACCGCCAUUACCCACCUCACCACCUUCAACCCUGCCGGCACUGGCCUGGAUGUGUGGCAGGACCUGCUAGACGAUGGCAAGCUGGCAUCCCCACUAGGCAAAAGCCCCCCGUCAGAGAAGGGGGAGGCUUGUGCGGCAGCAGUGUGUGCCACCUGCACGGUGCCAGCCCAUGGGCACGGGACGCUGGAGCUUGGCUUGGCCUGGGAUAUGCCUCGCAUCCGCUUCGGAUCCAGAGAGAAGGAGCACCACAGGCGGUACACGCGCUUUUUCGGCACGGAGGGUGAUGCGUGCCCUGCCCUCUCCCACUACAUGCUCACACACUACAAGGACUGGGAGAAGAGGAUCGAGGCCUGGCAGCAGCCCAUCUUGGAGAGCAGCGACCUGCCCCCUUGGUACAAGUCGGCCCUCUUCAAUGAGCUGUAUUUCCUGGCUGACGGAGGCACCAUCUGGGUGGAGCUGCUGCCGGAGGAUGCCGCCUCCCAGGGCCUCUCCCAGGGCCUCUCCCAGCUGCUCCCAGUCCUGCAGGAAUACGGGAGGUUUGCUUACCUGGAAGGUCAGGAGUACCGGAUGUACAACACCUACGACGUCCAUUUUUACGCCUCCUUCGCUCUGGUCAUGCUGUGGCCGAAGCUGGAGCUCAGCCUGCAAUACGACAUGGCUGCCGCCGUGCUGAAGGAGGACGCGCACCCUCGGCUGUACUUGAUGAGUGGGCAGACGGCCCAGGUGAAGCUGCGCAACGUGGUGCCCCACGACAUCGGGGAGCCUGACGACGAGCCAUGGCAACGUGUCAACGCCUACCUGAUCCAUGACACGGCCACUUGGAAGGACCUGAACCUGAAGUUUGUGCUGCAGGUGUACCGGGACUACUACCUCAUGGAGGACGCCGUGUACCUGCGAGACAUGUGGCCCAUCUGCCAGGCCGUCAUGGACUCGGAGCUGAAGUUUGACACAGACGGGGACGGCCUCAUUGAGAACUCUGGUUUUGCUGACCAAACGUAUGAUGCCUGGGUGGUGACUGGAGCCAGCGCCUACUGUGGCAGCCUGUGGCUGGCAGCCGUCUGCAUGAUGUGCAAGAUGGCCGAGAUCUUGGGUGAGGGUGAGGUCCUGCAGAAAUACUCCGAUAUCCUGGCCAAGGGCACGGUGGCCUUUGAGAGGCUGCUCUGGAAUGGGAAGUAUUACAACUACGACAGCAGCAGGAGCCCUUCAUCCAACAGCAUCAUGUCGGACCAGCUGGCUGGGCAGUGGUUCCUCCGGGCCUGCGGUCUGGGCGAGGGCAAAUCCGAGGUCUUCCCCCGGAGCCACGUGCUGAGUGCCCUGAGGACCAUCUUUGAGGCGAACGUGCUGGGCUUCUCCGACGGCACGAUGGGGGCCGUGAACGGCAUGCGUCCCAAUGGGGUGCCGGACUCCUCCAGCUUGCAGUCGAACGAAGUGUGGGUCGGCGUGGUGUACGCCCUCGCGGCUACCAUGAUCCAGGAGGGUCUCCUGCAAGAGGGCCUCCGCACCGCCGAAGGCUGCUACCGGACCGUGUGGGAGCGCCUGGGCAUGGCCUUCCAGACCCCCGAGGCGUACUGCCAGAAGAGGGUCUUCCGCUCUCUGGCCUACAUGCGGCCCCUCAGCAUCUGGAGCAUGCAGCUGGCUCUGGAGCGCCAGGCCACACAACCGCCCCCCGCCCCCCUAGAUGCGGGUGAUGAUGCGGCAGCGGUGGCGGCCAGCUCCAUCGGGCCUUGAGCCGGGCCGACACAGCCAGGAGGGCGGCUGUGGCUGCCUCUGGAGAGGAAGCUUUGGCAGCCAGCUGUGGCCGUGCAGCCCUUCUCCCAGGCUCUUCUGCAGGAGGUGGGGGCGUUGUCGUAGGUGGGGGGCCCUCCCUUUCCUGGCUGGCCCAGGGCUACCUCUGGCCUUGUGAGGCAGGGAGGGGGUGUUAGAGCUGGAUUUGAGCCUAGGGCCGGAGGGGCCUGCAUGGCUGGGCCGCCUCACCCCCACCCCCACCCCGCUCAGGGCUGUGCUGCUGCAUGGUGUAUGUGAAGGACCCUUUCCCCUCCCUCGGCUGCCCAUGCCCAGCUGGAGCUGAGCAAUGCUCCGGUGCAGGGGGGGGUCUCCCUCACCCCCAAUCAGCCCCUGACCCCUUUGCUUUCCUCCUCCCCCCUCCUCCCCCAGUGAUUUGCACACAAUCAAGCUCUACACAAUCUGGGUUGCACCAGACAUAUUUUUAGAUGCUGAAUAAUUUUAAUUUAAAAUAAACUGUUUCUGGUGAGGAGCCUUUUGUUGAUUUCUGCUCCUGCGUGGUGAAGUUGCACCUCCCUUGGCCACUCCUGGG